AUGGCCUACAACGCCGUUUCUCAGGCCGACCACGAGGUGGCAUCCAAUGCGACCGAUUCGGACCAUUCCCGUAGUCCGUCGCCGCACUCUCAGCACAAUGGUCACUUCCAGCAGUUGCCGCUGGACGCCGACCACAUCGGGGCGGGCUCAUACCUCCAACCCGCCAAGUCGAAUGAAGACUCGGGCGUCAAGAGACUGGGCUCUAUGAUUCGAUCGAUGACCUCAACCAGCUAUGAUAUAGUGGAGGAAGAUGACUACGAACUGCCUGCCGAUCCUUCUGCGGACCAGAGUUCCAAUAGUCCCCGUUACGUCCCUCCGCUAAGGACAGUCCCUCAGACUAGUUCUACGACUACCACCGCUACCGAUGCCCACACCCCUGAACCGGCCCUGCGGACUCCAGUCACCGACCAGCCGGUCCCUCUCAGUCAUCCUACGCCCGACCUUCAAUCGCUGCAAGGAGCCUACAUCAAUAAUGUAGAGCGGCUUGAAAGGAGCGCUGAACGCAUGAGCCUGAGUUCCAAUAUCGGGGACGAAAUUCGCAAAAUGGACCAGGAACAAAAGCGACGCUCUAGUUCAGCCUCCAAUUCCACUCACGCCAGCAAUUACGACGGCCUCAAAACAAGUCUGUCGUCUCGCCACGGCUCCAUACAGUCCUCCCGUUUGGCACAGGUUGCAGAACACGCCCCUACACGAUUCUACGGCGAUUCCACCACUCGAGUUCCUGCGAUGCCCUACCUUCCUCCUCCCCCCGCGCCGGCUGCGCACAGCGAGCACGACUUUGUCCAGCAGGAUUACUACGACCAGGAGCUGGGAGAAGAGCUCGAACGGACAUAUACGGCGGCUUCCACCGAUACAUAUCAACAGGCUAGGGUCCUCUUCAACGACUUUGAUGGCGUCCAUUAUGUUCCGAAUGAGAAUCAUCUGGGCCGACGAGUGUCGCUAACGCGACCACCCUUGGCAAGCAGAUCCGAGGCAUACAAGGAGCCGCAGGCAGGCGAGAAUAUGGUUUACUACCCUGCCCCUGUGCCAAGGAUGUUGAAUCUACCACCUCGUUUGUCGCAGAAAAAUGAUCAACCACGAGGCAAACGUCGUUCACAGCUCCUUGGUGUGCUCGCUGCCAAAAACCGCAAGUCCACACAGUUAGCCGCUGGUCAAGAUCUAGGCGAUGGUAGUGAGUCAAGUCAUAACAACCAGCCGACAAGCGUACCUCCCCAGCUGCGCGCGAGUAUGUUUUUCGAGCAACCAGCUAGAGCCGUUGAUGUAGAGGUCACCCAGGCUUCUGCGGUGGCAACACUAGACAACAUCCUUGAUGCUUCGACGACUGCACCCGUCAGUGCAUUCACGGGGCAAUUGGACCCCAAAGGGUUCAGUCAAGCAAGCCGCAAACUAUCAUCGAGGGAUUUGACAGAACAGCGAAAGACGCUGAACUCCACAAGUAUGCUUGGGCUUGACCAUCGCUUGUCCGAUCCGGAUCUUAAAGAUGUGCCUCUUGGUUCGAGUCGCUUACACAACCAAACUGAAGGCGAGGCUGCGGAUGUGCAUGAAGGCACAUCUUUACGGGAUGACAACCAAGACGCGCUUGGCGGUCCUGAUGCUCCCGAAGCCGAUGGGGAAGAGCACAAUCACGAAGAGCCUGAAGCUGAUUUCACCGGGCCCCCCAACACGCUGCUGGCCGAGCUUGAAUAUCGAAAGAGCGAAUUGAAACAACGACUGCGAUCGGCCCCCGAGACUACGGCGUUGCAUUCGACUCUUCUCCAGCUCGAAGCGGUUGCGCAGAAGCAGAGUGAACAUCGACGGCAAAGACCAGUGACCUUGGCAUGGGAAGCCCCAGAUGCUCAUCCCCAAGAAGGUGACGAUGACGAUGAUGUGCCCCUGGGCAUGCUGUUUCCCGACAAGGCCAAUGCGGUCACUGAAGUGCGUCCGUUGGGAUUGGUGGAAAGAAGGGAACUGGAAGAGUCGGAGCCUCUCAGUAGGCGCCGUGCCAGACUCCGGGGUGAGCCCGCCCCGCGCAGCCCUGAAAGGCGCCCGGCCACCAUGUAUUCCACGGGCGCACCAGACAGUCAGCCGCAAGAAGAUAGUGGUGACGAAGGCGAGACUCUAGCCCAACGCUUGAAGCGGCUCAAAGAAAAGGACCAGCCGAGUGCACCCGCCGACAGUGAUUUUGCGAACGAGAUUUUGGCGGAGAUCAAACAGGUUGGGGACGAUGAAGAGGCCACCCAAGAGAAGGAAACGCCACCGGAAGAUGAAACUCUGGCCCAACGUCGAGCUCGCCUGCAGAAGGAGGCUGAGGCUGAGGCUCGACAAAACUCCACAUUGAAGAUCCCCCGGUACCGAAGAAGUAUGGCAGACAUCCUUCACGCUCGACGUCCCACUACUGUUGGACGGCAGUCGACAAUGCGCACUGCAGCGCCUCAGCCGAUGCCUCAGCGCACACUGGACCAUCGAAUGUCUCUCCAGCAGUUUCCAUCGAAUUAUGGGCCGAUGCCGGGUGCUGGGUAUGCCCAAUACCAGGGGCCCGCCGGCACGGUACCAUAUGGCCCCGGAAUGGUGCAUCCCAAUACCUUCUACAGCGAUGCAUUACUAGGCAUGAACCAUCUCAGUUAUGCUGUGCCGCCUAAAGCGAAGAUGGUCCGACCGGUCAAUGAACCGGGGCAGCGGGAGAUUAUCGACCGCUGGCGACAGAGCAUCGUCUAA